AUGAGUAAAACCACUGCUAAAAUUUUAUUAAUAGGUGAGUCAGGAGUUGGUAAGACUGCUAUGUUACAACGUCUUACACAAGGAACAUUUGAUGGAAUAUAUACUGCAUCAGUUGGUGUUGAUUUAAAAACAAAAGUAAUUAAAAUUAAUGAAGAGGAAAUUACAAUGGAAAUUUGGGAUGCUGCUGGACAAGAAAGAUUUAGAAGUGUUACACAAUCAUAUUAUCGUGGAACACAUGCAGCUAUUAUUGUAUUUGAUUUAACUGAUAAAACAUCUUUUGAAAUGGUUGGAUAUUGGUUAAGUGAAAUGGAAAAAGAUAAUAAUCAUCCAAUUAUUGCUUUAGUAGGUAAUAAAUCAGAUUUAUCAAAUGCAAGGACAGUUCCAAUUGAAGUUAUUAGAGCUACUUAUCCAUCAUUAAGGUAUUUUGAAUGUAGUGCAGUGAAUGGAAAGAAUAUUGAAGAAAUAUUUGUUUUCAUUGCACAACAAUUUGUUCAACGAAUGAAAUCAAAUACUGUAGUCGAAUAUAAAGAAUUUCAAACAAAUUGUUUUGAGUCAAAUAUUGUUACCGAAGAUCAAUCAAUUACUAUUAAAACAAUUCAUAAUGAGAAUAAGUGUUGUUAA